ACAGGAUUCUUCAUGGUUAUUGGAUUGUGCCAAUUUUAGUGCUUUUGUUCUUGUUUUCUUCUCAGAUUCCCCUUUAUCCUUUGGCAUGAACAUGAUGAAGGAAACAUGGAUUUGAUCAAACUCUGAUAGAUUCUGAAUGCUGUUGAAUCAAGAUGAGCAAUAGAAAAGAUGAUGAUGAUGAGUCAAGUGAGAGAAGUAUAUUUCCACAUAUAGGGUAUCCAAGUGCACCUCCCUACCCUCCUCCAACUGGAUAUGCAGCACCAGGUUACCCUCCUCCAGGAGGGUACCCUCCAACAGCCUACCCUUCACCAGCAUAUCCACCACCACAAGGAGGGUAUCCUCAUUCUGGUCACUAUCCUUCAGAAUAUCCACCUGCAUAUCCACCACCACCAGCACCAGCAUAUCCACCUCCUGGAGGGUAUCCACCUAAUGCUUAUCCUCAUUCAGGGUACUAUCCACCAGCUUACCCUGCUCCACAUGGUUAUCCACAAGCUAUGCCUCCAUAUUCUGCAGGGCGUGGAGCUGGCAUGGGAGGAUUGUUAGCAGGGGGUGCUGCUGCAGCUGCUCUUGCUUAUGGUGCUCACCAUUUGACUCAUGGACAUCAUCAUUAUGGACAUGGUGGUUAUUUUGGUCAUGGAAAGUUCAAGCAUGGGAAAUUUGGCAAACGUUGGAAACAUGGAAGGUUUGGAUUUGGCAAGUUUAAACAUGGUUGGAAAAGGUGGAAGUGAUGAAGUGACCAUUGUGUUAAAUAUGUAAUUCUGAGUAAGGUCAUGAGUUGUGGGGUGAAUAAUGUUUACAAUCUCUACUUUAUAGCAGUUCAGUAAAUUUGACAGCAAGAAACUACUACUGCGUGGCAUCCAUGUGCAGCUACUUGGUUGUGAUCUAAACAUCUCACAUGCAUGUUAUUUAUAGCUCACACUAUUUACUCUUUCACCUAAAGUUGUCAUUUUGAGCCUUUUACUUUUGCAUCAAACCAGUUCAAACAGA